AUGGCUGAAUUUGAAAUGUCUGAUCUUGGCAUGAUGCAUUACUUUCUUGGCAUAAAAGUGUUGCAGUCUUAUACCGGAAUUCUUAUUUCUCAAAAUAAUUAUGUGGGAGAAAUCUUGGAUAGGUUUCAACUGAAGGAUUGUAAUCCUGUGAAUAAACCAUCAAAGUUUGGUUUGAAGCUAAACAAAGAUGAUGAAGGAAAGAAGGUUAACAGUAUUCUUUACAAGCAGAUUGUGGGGCGCUUAAUGUAUUUGACUGCAACAAGGCCUGAUAUAAUGCUUUUUGUAAGUUUCAUUGGUAAAUACAUGGAGUGUCCAAUAGAGAUUCAUCUUUUGGCUGCAAAAAGAAUUCUUAGGUACUUGCAAGUUUCUAAGGAGUUUCGGUUGUUCUUCAAAAAGGGAGAAAAGUCAGAUUUGUUUGGCUUUACAAACAGUGAUUAUGUGGGAGAUUCUUAUGAUCGUAAAAGCACAUCUGGGUAUGUUUUCAUGUUGGGAACAAGAGUUGUUUCAUGGUCAUCAAAGAAGCAGUCAAUCGUCACAUUGUCAACCACUAAAGAUGAAUUUGUUGCAACAACAGCUUGUGCUUGUCAAGCUAUAUAG